CAGCAGCGCCAGUCGCACACCAUCGUCGUGUUUUCGCUGUAGUUUGGAACUGUCUAAAAUGCUUUUAACCGGCAGGGACUUGGACUGACAGCAGUUUUUCUUCACAAUGAUACUUUUUAAAGCAGUUUUGGUGUUAGUGUGUGUGUCGCUGUCGUGCGGGGUGAGGGUUUUAUCAUGGCCUGCCCUUAACUGCUCCACACAGGGUUUGAGAUGUAGCGUCACCACGAGUAACUGUUUGGACAGUGAAUGGCUGGAUGUGCAUGAGUACACUCCCAGCAGUCCAGAGGGGUUUCAGGCGUCUGUGGACACUAGGUGGGAUGAGACAGGACACCUGCAGCCGGUACUGAUGGCCAACUGGAUGAUAAAGGAUGAUGGCAGUAUUGCUGCGCUGAAUGCCACCGAGCUGCAUGUCCUGGUGCUGUCCACCAACAUGAACCUGUGUGUUCGAUAUACUUUCAAAGACAAACUCCCGAUGAGGAGUCCAUCAGGGGACAAGUGGUCGUUCUCAGCUAACAUGCUGGUGUUGGACCCUGGUCAAAAAUACCAUGUCUCUGUCUUCAACAUCCCCAAACCAGAGAUGGGUCACAGCAUCUAUGAUGUCAGCGCUACUGUCAGCGUACCAGGUUGUCUGGAUCCCAGAAUGCAGAUGACCCAGUUUUGCAUAGAGAGAGGCAGUCUGUGGCAGCCCAACAUCAGUGUGGCUCAGAUCGAUACAGCCGGUGGAAGAUCUGCUCUGGCUGUCAGCUUCUCACCUCACUCGCUCUGUGACGAGUACAUAGUUAUUGUUAAGUGCUCCACUAUCCCACAGGUCGAGCGACCGUUCAAGGGUAAUCAGACGACCCUGACUGUAAGUUUCAGCCUCGACAAAUGGCCGAGAUCUUGCUGCCAGUUUGAUACUCAGAUCAAACCUCUUUUCCCACAAUGUGGUCAGGACUGUGUCCGUCGAAAGAGAACUCUGGACAUUUGUCCUCACGAAGAGCCAACAGAUGCCCCAAAGGUUCCUGUGAACCUGUACGUGUUCAUUGUCCUAGGAGUGGUGUUUGUGUGUGUUGUGACGGCAGUUAUUAUGUGCAUCCUCCGCCGAAAGCAAGGCAAACCUGUUGUUCCUGAUCCACCUGUGCCACCUAAGAUACCGUGGCAGCAGCAGCUUAAACAAACACCUAAAGUGCUGGUUAUCUACUCCCAGGACCACAGCCUCUACAGGGAUGUGGUGCUAAAGCUCUGCGCCUUCCUCCAGGCUAAGUGUGGCACCAAGGUGUUGGUGGACCUGUUAGACUCCACCUCUGUCGGAAUGGUGGGGCGCCUCCGCUGGCUUGAGUGGCAACGACAACAGCUGAAAAAUCCUUCGGACAAGAUCCUGGUGCUGUGCUCGCAAGGCGUCCAGGCAAAGUGGAGAGCCAUGUGCGGUCAAGGUCGGGUGAUACUUAGGGAAGAUGUUCUCUCCCCAACUGACGACAUGAUCACUCCCUUUCUCAACCUCUUUCUACCUGACAUGUACCAGGCAGGCAUGCUUGGCAAGUACAUGGUGGCUUACUUCAAUGACAUCAGUGGGGAACAAGACAUUCCAUCAGUUUUUGACAUCGGAGUCAAAUACAAGCUGAUGAAGCAUUUUGAAGAACUGUACUUCCGCAUCCUAGAUGUGGAGAAGUACCAGCCAGGUCAGGUGAACCACAUCAAAGGCAUUGGUGGGGACGAUUAUUUUGACUGUCCCUCAGGCAGAGACCUUAAGAAUGCCAUUGAAACCUUUCAGGCCUACCAGUUGGAAAAUCCUGAUUGGUUUGAAAAGGAGUGUGUGGCCAGUGAGGAGGAGGUCAGGAAUAAGGCUAACCUGGUCAUUGACCAGCUGCAGAUCCCUCCAGUCCUAGAGUGUAUUCCUCUAAUCAGAGAGGGACCUCCUGUCUACUUCCAUGAGGUAGAAAUCCAUGAGAAUGCCGACAGCGUUCAUGUCCUCACACCUGAACUGAACCCAGAGCGCGAGCUGUCGUCAGUGGUAGAACUGAUACCAGAAGUGAACCCUCAAUAUCCAUCAAACCUGGAUGAAAUGUUGACAGAUCACAUGUAUCCUCACAGGCCCAGUUCGUCGGUUUACAUAGCUGAGCCUAUUUCAAACAGCACGCGACUACCAAGACAGAACUGGCUCUCCCUCGAGGAAGAACCAUUGGGUCAAAAUUAUACUGAGGAGGAGGAUUCCCUGCUACCUAUGAGCCAACUCCCCACUCAUUCGUACCAGAGAAUCCCGGCCCGACAGUACUCCCUGGACUCAACACCUCAAGAAUCCUCAUGUCCCAGCAUGCAGAGUGACUAUAUCCCUCCAUCUGAAAUUAACCACUCUCAGCCUGUGGAGAUGGAGGAGGAUGGGGUUCUGGAGCCUAUUGGAAAGGGUCCAAACAGUGGAUCUGAUCAAGGCUACAUCUCCAAAAUGUCCUCCCAGCCUGAACCACCUUUCAAAGAGGAUCCACUGGUGGCUCUGAGAAGACUGCAGGAGGAACUGUUUCAGAACUGUCUCCCGUACUCUGACAUAGAUCCUGAAGGGUACUGAUGCUCAUGGUGCAAAAUGUGUAUAUCCAUUAAUCCAAUUUUAUCUGCUUAUCAGGGGCUAGGUCGGGAGGCAGCUAGCUUGGCAAGAUACUACAGGUGUCCCUCUCCCCAGCAGCAUUGUCCAUCUCCUCCUGGUGGAUCCUGAGGUGUUCCCAGGCCAGAUUAGAUAUAUAAUUCAUUCAGCAUGUUCUUGGCCUUCUACUUGUUGGAUGUAUCUAGAAAACCUCGAACAGGAGGUACCCAGGGGGCAUCGUAAACCACCUCAGCUGACCCCUUUUGACACGAAGAAGCAGUGGCUCUACUCAAAGCUUCCUCCCGAAUUUUUGAGCUCCUCACCCUGUCUCUAAAACUGAAUCCAGCCACCCUAAAGAGGAAACUAAUUUCAACCUCUUGUAUCCAUUCUUACAGUCACUGGCCAAAAAUCAUGAACAUCGAUAAGGGUUGGAAAGUAGACAGACUGGUUAUGCUUUGCCUUCUGGCUCAGUUGCCACUUCACAACAAUCUGACACACCAAACCACCUGUCCAUUUCCUGCUCCAAUGUAUCCUCACCCAUGAAUAAGGCCCAGAGAUAGUUGUACUCCUUUGCUUUGAGCAGUAACUCACUCCUAACCCAGAGGGGGGCAAUCCAUCGUUUCAGUAAAACCAUGGCCAUGGCCUCAGAAUUAUUGACUCUCAUCCUAGUCACUUCACACUCGGCUGCAAAUCACCCCAUUACAUGGUGUAUGUCAUUGUCUGACCAUGAUGAGUCCAAAGUCCACCCCAAAAAUAAGUAUUAAACCUUUACUGACUUUAACUGUCAUCACCUGAAUGUACAGUAGGAGGGUCAAAGGGCUAAUUUCUGCUCGAUGUUCAAUACAAAUGUAAAGACAGAUGGAGUCUUCUGUGCACUCCCUCCAUUCAUUUUGUACGCAUUUGUGCAUGUUUUCUGAAAGCUUCUGGAUACGGACAAAACAGAGCAGUACCACUGGAGAUUGUGGGGGCAGUGUAGCAUAUUUAAAGCAAGAUACGACUAUAGGGGAUAACAAAGACAUUUUUGAAAAACUACGAAAUCUAAGAAAUAUAUGAUACUUUGAAUACAAUUCAGUCCACAUCGUGAUGUAUUCAGUGGCCUCACAGACCACUGCAGUAUUCAAGACUGCCUCAGCUAAAAGAUACAUUAUUACGACCUCCUUCACUGUCGCCUUGUUUGUUGUUAUGAAACUUUUGACUCCGCCCUCUAAUGCCAUCUAUUGGCUGUAUCUGUGCCAACAGAAAGGACACAUGGAAAUGUGAGGGCAGUGACGUUUUUGUUUAAAAUAGAAAUAUAUAUUUUCCUACUUAAAGGGAGUAUAAACAAGCCUUAAGAGCUCCAAGCACAGGUGUUUUUCUGUGGCCAGUAAACUGUGGGGCUAUUGUGUUACAUAUCCAGCGUUUGUUGAUUAUUUUCUAAACACAAUAAUCCAUGUAUUCUUGAUAUGCUGUGUGAUCAAAACAGAUGAAGACAAAUCAACUUGAUCAUGCCAUAGAACAAAGAAGCAGACAUGGUGACUGCAGUGCACAUACAGAUUGAUUCAAAAUUUCUUAAUGUAUUUUGAAUUGGUUGUCAGAAAAGAGUCUUGAGUAGUCUUAAGUACUCUGUACUUAUUCUGAUAGACUGACAACAUUAGCUACAAAAAUGCAGAUUUUUCAAAACUGCACUGAAAGAAAUAUUUUGAUGUGAUGGGUUGUCAUUUAGCAAUGGGAAAAGGUGAAAGCUCCACCAAACAGUGAAAGUAUUCCUCAUUGGAGGUAUAUGCAAAUAGCCUUUUUUGUUAUCUGUGUUUGUGUGAGGAUUGCAUUUUCUUUGACAAUGAAGGUCUUUGUUGACUAAUGCCUCUAACAGCACUUAAUUUUGUCAGUUUCACAGCGCUUAUCAAUUAUUUCCCUCUGUUAUUAAAAAAACCCAUAAUUAAACCAUUUUGUACAGUACUUUCCUCAGAUUUAUUUCAGGUUUCAACCACAUAAUACUCUGUCUUACAUCUACAGUACAUAGAUUGGAUUAUAUCAGCACAGAUUUACACCACACAACUUUACAGUACAGGUAGAAUCCCAUCUGUAAACAACAGCAAUGUUCUUUCCCUGUAAACAAGUUUGAAGAAAAAGAAAGCCCAUAGUAUAUAAGACAGAAGAGUGUUUAGAUUGCACACAUUGUGUUUUUCAUUGCACUAAAGAGGAGAAACCAUUCGAAUCUGUGUAUUGGCUCCUUUGAAUAUCCAUCUCCAUGAAAGCCUUUGGUAGUUUCAGUGUAGUUAUGCAGUGUGCGUGUUCAUGCACGUUAAAGGCCCGCUAUAGUUCAGUUUAAAGUGAAUAAAUGGUCCCGCUUGUGAUUAGACUGUGUGGUAAGAUUCAUGUGCAAAUUCAAAUAAAGAUUGUUAAAGAGCCUUUCCAACAGCGCAGGAUACAUUUGCAAAGGUUUAGCAGAUUACUGGCACAAGGAAAUAAUACAAAAUAGUAUAAAAUAUAACAUUUAAAAUACUUUGGCAAUAUAUGAUAAGCGGUAAGCAAACAGAAGCCGUCUCAGUGCAACAUGAGGAGCGAAGCCGAGAGAACCACUGAAGCACUGAACGUAUAGUAUGUGUGUAGCAGAAGCUCUUGGAUCUGUAGUCCUCUACAGAGGUCAAAUAUCAGGGUCAACAUCAUAACAACAGCCUGCUGUCUGCGGCGUGAAUCAACAACUUUCCAAAAAUCUGACACAUUUAUUUAUCCAACAUUCUGUUGAGUUUUUUUUUUUUAAUUAAUU